CAUAGCUUAGAUGAUUCUUCUUACCUAUCUACUACUAAACUAACUCUCAUUUAGUUAUUUAAGAUGCAAACUCAUCUGGAUCUCCAUCUCCUAAUCUAUAUUCUGUUAGCUGUCUUGUGCUCGGGUGCUUUGAUAUGCAUAUAUAACAUAACAAGACCCAGAGGUAUACAUGGCGCAUUCGUUAAUGGAGAGGGAGCAAACCUAGACAUGACUGAGGCGGAAAUACGCGCUGAAGAUAUUUCCGGCGCAUUCAAUAACGCAGACUACGCCGUACAAACUCAUAAGAAGGCUAAAAUUGGACGUGAGCCAAGCGGGUCAGGGAAUUCAGCAGAAGUACAAGAGAUUAAGAAUGUUUUAUCACAGUUGAUUGCGUACUUGUUCGGAGAAAAGUACCCGCCUAAUUAUAAAGGUAAAAAUACUUGAGACGUUAAUUCAGUGAGAAGCACGAGAAGAAUGCCGAAGUAAUUCCCGUAUCUGUAACAUUCUGGUUGCAAUCUAUUGCAAUUUAUUUUAAGCUUUCAUCAAAUGCUUGUAUUCUCUUAAUCUUCUGUACUUUCACAUAAUGUAAUUCAAACAUAUCCAAUAAAAACGUUUCCUUUUCUCGUUUAA